CAGAAGGGGACAAAGAGUUUGAGGAAGACUUAAGAGGACAAGAGACUAAAGAAAGGAAGAAAAAUGCCGAAACCAAUCAAUGUCAGAGUAACCACGAUGGAUGCAGAAUUGGAAUUUGCCAUCCAGCCCAAUACAACAGGCAAGCAGCUCUUCGAUCAGGUGGUGAAAACUGUUGGUCUUCGUGAAGUCUGGUUUUUUGGGCUACAGUAUGUGGACAGCAAAGGCUACUCAACUUGGCUGAAGCUAAAUAAAAAGGUAACACAGCAAGAUGUGAGGAAAGAAAAUCCUUUGCAGUUUAAGUUCAGGGCCAAGUUUUUUCCAGAGGAUGUAUCUGAAGAAUUAAUUCAGGAAAUAACUCAGAGACUUUUCUUCCUGCAAGUCAAAGAAGCGAUCUUAAAUGAUGAAAUCUAUUGCCCACCAGAAACUGCAGUUCUUCUGGCUUCCUAUGCUGUUCAGUCCAAGUAUGGAGACUACAGUAAGGAGAUCCAUAAACUAGGCUACCUAGCCAAUGAUAGACUUCUCCCUCAGCGUGUGUUAGAACAGCACAAACUGACAAAAGAACAAUGGGAAGAAAGAAUACAGAACUGGCAUGAAGAACACAGGGGAAUGUUAAGGGAAGAUUCUAUGAUGGAGUACCUUAAGAUAGCACAAGACUUGGAAAUGUAUGGAGUCAACUAUUUUGAAAUAAAGAAUAAAAAAGGAACUGAAUUGUGGCUAGGAGUUGAUGCAUUGGGUCUGAAUAUUUAUGAACAUGAUGAUAA